AAAUCUAGAAAAGUCGUGAAAUUUUCGCAUUCAGUCAGCUUGUAUUUGUUGAUGAAACCCGCAAUAGCUCACAGUUUGAAGCAUACUGUCGCAAACUCUAGAAACCAAUACUUUACUUAAUAAACUUAGUGUCCAGCAAUUCGAUUUUGUGUGCUUAAAACCCCAUUUUAAUUAACACAUAGCGUGCACUGUAUCGGAACGGGAACUAAACGCGGCGUUAAAUAAUCAUAUAGCAACACGCUUUUGCUAAGAAACUAUCGUUCGGGAUCCGGGAUCGAGUUUUCUCUCCGUGGUGCACUACGUCUGGAGUAACUUCUUCAUAAGCUGAGCAAAAAUGGCCAAAUGGGGAGAAGGCGAUCCACGCUGGAUUGUGGAGGAGCGACCGGAUGCGACAAAUGUCAACAAUUGGCACUGGACAGAGAAAAACGCUACACCGUGGUCGAAGGAUAAGUUGAAGGCCCUGCUCGAUGGGUUUGUAAUUUCCGAAGCAGGCUUGGAAUGCACCAUAACAAAGAUUGACAAGCUGGAUGGUGAGGCAACGGCCAACAAUCGGAAAGGGAAGCUGAUAUUCUUUUACGAGUGGAACAUAGUGUUGCUGUGGAAGGGCCACUUCAACGAUGAGGAUGUGACGGGCAAAGUGACCAUUCCGAACCUUUCCGAGGAGAACGAUGUGGACGAGGUGGAACUAACGGUGUCGUUGGAUAGUUCUAAUCCGGCCUCGGAGAAGAUGAAGCUAUUUAUGUAUAAUGUCGGACGGGAGAAGCUACGGAAACAGCUGGGCACCUACAUCCGUGAGCUUAAGGCCGACUUUGCUAAAGGGUUGAUACUGCCGAAAAAGGACGAAGUGAAUGGUACAGAGACGGUACCGCAGAAGAAUGACAAAGAAACUGUGUUCGCUAGCGGAUUUAACAAGAAAAAGAUUGACCUCGAAACCAUAACCAGUGCGAAAGAUUCCUCGAAAAAGGUCUCUGGGUGUAAGCUGGACUUGAAGACGCUGGAAAUGACGGAAAAGUUCCAGUGUAGGUCGAAUGAAUUGUUCGACGCGCUUACAAGGGAGGACAUGGUGACGGCAUUCACCCGAGGCCACGUUAAGCACGAACUGUUCAAGGGAGGAGAUUUCGUUUACUUUGGAGGCAAUAUUAGUGGCAAGUUUGAAGAAAUUGUGCCCAAUAAGAAACUUGUACAGACCUGGCGAUACAAAGAGUGGCCUUCGGGACAUUAUUCUUCUGUAACAAUGGAGUUAGAAGAGGAGGAGGACCACACAGCACUUAAACUCACCCAAACGAUGAUUCCGGCGGCCGAAUUCGAAAGGACUGAACAGAACUGGAAGCGAUACUACUGGAAUAGUAUUCGAAGUGCGUUUGGAUUCGGAAGUUUUCUUUGCUAAAGGAAAGAAAAAACUUGGUAUAAUCAUUCACUGUCACCAACACCACCCCAACAUGCACUCUUUUGCACGUUCUGUCUCAACAAAUUCCUACGCAAUUGUCGAAGAGUAUGGAGUAAUGGUACUGAUCGUGAAAAUUGAUAUCUAUGGUAUCUAGGUACAAGAACAGUAAUUUUCUCGGGCAACGAAUCCCAAACUACGAUACGAUGAUAGUAGGAUGACAGAUGAGAAACGGUCAGAAACAAAGCUCAGUUUGAAUGCGAUUAGAAUUCAACAUUUGUUCUAUACCAGCUACUAUUUGGAAUGCAUUGAUUUGAGUACGGAAGGGUCCCAUUUAUUGAAAUACAGCCAUAGUAAGACAAGUAUAGUUGAAUCAACAUGUUUUUGCCUUUCGUUCCUGCAACUGAGAAAAUACAUUUGCCCAUGCCUGCCACUAGCUAGCUGUUGGCUUGCUGGAUUUAAUAGAGUAGGACAUCUUUGAACAUAUUAUGUUCCCGUUCAAUUGCAUAUUUCAUUGCUUUAAUUUAUAUUAGCGAAAAAUUAAACCCGUUCCGAUAGUGAAACGUAGGAUUGUGUCUUGCGAGAACAAAACAAGGAACAACGAGCAAAGCGCGUGGCAUUGUAAUGUGAGGCGUUUUUACUUUUGAUAUAAUAAAAAGUAAACAAGUAAUACUAACUAA